GAUUAUCCAUUCGGUGCUUGUUAGAUCCGGUUCACUUAAAUGACCACUAAAUGAAGAACACGUUAGCUCUUCUUCACGAACCACAUCUGUUACCUUCAACAAAAAUCCCCAACCCCUUCCUUCACUCAUCAUCUCCCCUCUCCUUCUCCACUCUCAUCUGCAAUCGAUACAGAUGGCAGCUUCAUCUACCUGUCUUGUCGGAAACGGAUUGUCACUACACACAACCAAACACAAGCUAAGCAAACACUUUCCACGCAGACAGAUUGGUCUUUCCUCUUCAGUUACCAGAACAUCCAAGGUUAAUGUCGUGAAGGCUUCUCUGGACGCGAAGAGACACGAAGGAAGAAGAGACUUUCUCAAAGUCUUGUUCGGAAACGCUGGAAUCGGUUUGCUCGGAAGCGGCAAAGCAAACGCCGCAGAUGAACAACAAGAGGAUGCUUCCUCUUCCUCAAGGAUGUCGUACUCUAGGUUCCUCGAGUAUCUGGACAAGGACAGGGUGAGCAAAGUGGAUCUCUACGAGAACGGGACAAUAGCUAUCGUGGAAGCUGUUGCUCCUGAGUUAGGUAACCGUGUACAGCGCGUUCGCGUUCAGCUUCCGGGGCUAAGCCAAGAGCUUCUCCAGAAGCUGAGAGCCAAGAACAUUGACUUCGCAGCGCAUAACGCUCAGGAAGACCAAGGUUCUGUGUUGUUUAACUUGAUUGGGAAUCUCGCUUUCCCUAUGCUUUUGAUUGGCGGGUUGUUCCUUCUCUCCAGAGGCUCCCCUGGAGGAAUGGGCGGUCCAGGUGGCGGCGGCCCGCUUCAGUUUGGUCAGUCCAAAGCCAAGUUCCAGAUGGAGCCAAACACUGGGGUAACGUUCGAUGACGUUGCUGGAGUUGAUGAAGCCAAGCAAGACUUCAUGGAAGUGGUUGAGUUUCUGAAGAAGCCUGAGAGGUUCACUGCUGUUGGUGCUCGGAUCCCGAAGGGAGUUCUGCUCAUUGGUCCUCCUGGUACUGGGAAGACGCUUCUGGCGAAAGCUAUAGCUGGUGAAGCUGGCGUGCCGUUCUUCUCUAUCUCCGGGUCCGAGUUUGUUGAGAUGUUUGUCGGUGUUGGUGCUUCCAGGGUCCGUGAUCUUUUCAAGAAGGCUAAGGAGAACGCUCCUUGCAUCGUCUUUGUUGAUGAGAUUGAUGCUGUUGGGAGGCAGAGAGGGACAGGGAUCGGUGGAGGUAAUGAUGAGAGAGAACAGACUUUGAACCAGCUGUUAACUGAGAUGGAUGGGUUUGAAGGUAACACUGGUAUCAUCGUUGUUGCUGCGACCAAUAGAGCAGACAUUCUUGACUCCGCUUUGUUGAGGCCGGGACGGUUUGACCGGCAGGUGAGUGUUGACGUUCCGGACAUCAAGGGGAGGACUGAUAUCCUCAAGGUUCACGCUGGUAAUAAGAAGUUUGAAAAUGAUGUCUCGCUUGAAGUGAUAGCGAUGAGGACGCCUGGAUUCAGCGGAGCGGAUCUCGCUAACCUCUUGAAUGAGGCUGCAAUAUUGGCUGGACGACGUGCGAAGACGGCGAUAUCGUCGAAAGAGAUUGAUGAUUCCAUUGAUAGAAUCGUUGCUGGUAUGGAAGGAACUGUGAUGACUGAUAGCAAGAGCAAAAGCUUGGUUGCUUACCAUGAAGUUGGUCAUGCCGUGUGUGGAACAUUGACUCCAGGACAUGACGCUGUACAAAAGGUAACGUUGGUACCAAGAGGCCAAGCGAGAGGACUUACUUGGUUCAUUCCAUCAGAUGACCCUACUCUCAUCUCCAAGCAACAGCUCUUUGCAAGAAUUGUUGGUGGACUCGGUGGUAGAGCCGCUGAAGAAAUCAUCUUUGGUGAGCCUGAGGUUACUACUGGCGCGGUUGGUGACUUGCAACAGAUCACCGGUUUGGCUAAGCAGAUGGUAACAACAUUUGGGAUGUCUGAAAUUGGACCAUGGUCGUUGAUGGAUUCAUCGGCACAAAGCGAUGUGAUCAUGAGGAUGAUGGCAAGAAACUCCAUGUCUGAGAAGCUUGCUGAAGACAUUGAUACUGCGGUGAAGAAACUAUCAGACAGUGCGUACGAGAUAGCUCUAAGCCACAUAAGGAACAACCGUGAAGCCAUGGAUAAGCUCGUUGAAGUGCUUCUGGAGAAAGAAACUAUUGGAGGUGAUGAGUUCAGGGCAAUUCUCUCCGAGUUCACUGAGAUCCCGCCGGAAAACAGAGUUCCUGCCGCAACCCCAACAUCAACACCAGCUCCUGUCUAGGUAAUGAAUCUGUAUACUUUUGAUUUUUCUGUACAUUUGUACUGUCGAACUUCAUCUCUAGAAAUGUGGUUUUAUCCCAGUACUGUGUAACGAGUAAAUGUUAAAAUGGAAUUGGUAUAUUCACCAUAGAUGUGUUCUAGAUAAUCCAAUCUAAAUACAUUGUAUUGCACA